CUAACCACUUGCAAAUGAAGCAGAUCAAGUAGAGAAACCGUAAAUUCGUUCCGAUGGAAAAGUGGAGAAGCAAAAGCAAAACGGUUCCAAAAACGGACAGUCUUUUGCCUCCCACUCGACGGCAGACCGACGUAGAGCCUUGCUCAGUCGAGAAGAGAAAGGGAAAGAGAUGGACAAUCGGUGGAUUUUUCAAAAAAAUUUCAAAUCGUGAGAGCGAUCUCUCCUCUAGCGAGGAUGCCUCCAGCAUUCACACGCCUGUUUUAAGGCGGAAGAAAACCAAGAACAUUCUCAAGAGCAAACCUGCUCGUCGUGCCAUUCGAUCGUCUUUGCAAACCAAAAAAGAUCUCGAUUUUGAAUACACGAGAGGCAAGCCAUCCGACCCGAAUCCCUUCAUUUUUUCACCCCUCGAAUCCACCCCUCUUUAUCAUGAAUCCAUGUACUCUCGGAGCAGCGAAGGUUCGCUCGACGGGUCUAAUAAGAAGUUUCGCAAAGACAAGAUGAAAGCUCGAGUCGAGGCGAAAAGGGACAAACUCUGCAUAAACAGUAGUACCGAUGAGAGUGCGAGCGAAUCUAGGCCACAGAAUGGGAUGAAGAAUGAUGUCUGUCUGCGAAGGAGAAGAACUGCGAGAGCCGAGCGAUUCAUAAAACGAUUGUGCAAAGACGAGAAUGGAUCUCUGAAACCGAUUACGUCCUCGCAAGAUUUCGAUCAGAUAAGCGACGCGAACAGUCGUUUCUCGCAAGAUAAAUGGUCGGAUAAAAAUUCGCAGAUUUUUUCGUCGCCAAACACUCUACCCAAAUAUCAUUCUCGCUCACCUCCCGCGAUAGAUUAUCAGCUUGAAAUCCAGGAGGCGGAAAAUCCGCUCGUUAGGCAAACGCUUCAAUAUUUCUCGGACUUUGACAAGAGUGUCAACUUUAACGAGAACAAGGCCAACAACUUACGAGAGAAAAAGAAACUCGACUCCCGUCGCCGACAGACCCAGCAAAUAUUCCCAGUGACAACGAAUUUCGACGUCGUUCCCGAUAAAAAGUCAAGAUCUCAGGAGGAUAUUUAUCAGGAUCAUCUUCCGGUUUUCGAGGCGAAAGUUUCGCAACAGGUUCGAAAGUCUUACGUUUCUCCUUACGAGUAUUCAAAAAUAGAUCACAAAGAGAAUGCCAGAUUCAGUAAUUGGAGACCAGACAAUCAGUUUUAUCUUCCGAAGGAGGAGGGCAUCUAUUCCCGGAUUCGCUCGCCAACUCAAAGGUCCGAAAUUGUCUUCAAAUCUGAAUUGAAAACCCCGUCACGAUUGUCGCCGGCUGAGCGCAAUCUUGAGGAAAGAAGUCUGCGAGAAAAAGAAUUGGAAAAGAGAAGUUCGAAGAAUUUGGAAGAAGCUCUCUGCGAGCUGGAAGCAAUCUACAACAGUCUUCAAUUGGGCGACGAGGAUCUUCUCGAGAGAGCGGAAAAAAGGAGUAUGGAAGAGUACAGCAACAAAAAAAUCGAGCAUAUACUCAGCGAUUUGGAACGGAACAUGAAUUACGCCAAUACAAAAGCAAAGCCGUCAGAAGCUGAGCCCAAUAUUAUAAAGGACGAUAUGGCCUACAGAAGACUCAAAUCUUCAAGUCGACCCACUUCCGAUGGACAUGCUAUCUUGUCAAAUAUCAGUUACCUCAUAACUUCGCCGCUUGCCGCUCGACGGGAUUCCUACAUCGAUUCAAAGCCAAAGGUCCGAAGAAGGGAACCAGAUGUGACUCUCGAUGAUGUUGUCUUCCGGAAUUUGCAUCAUGCGAACAACACUUUAAAAGUUCUCGAGCCGCAGCCGCCUUUUGGAAUUCCUCUCGGGCCAAUCACGGGCGCCACUGAAAGUGACUAUCUUCACAGAAAACCUUCGAAAUCCGAACGCCGGUCGAUUUAUCUGCCCAGAUGUGAACCCGACAUCGUCACGGAUGAUCUGGCUUUUCGAAAUCUGCGCAAAGAUGCGCUGGACAAGAGUGUCACUGAUGAGAAGCAGAAUUGGGAGCGACCAUCGGCCUUUGUCGCGAAGAAAAAGCGCGCUGUGCGAUCGCUCUCGGCAAAUCUCUACAGUCUGAUCAACAGAGAGGUAGGUGUGGAUGAAACAGAAUUGGAUUCCGAAAGCACAAAUGGAAUUGAAGGCAGAGUUUCGGAUGACAGUCUCGACAUCAAUGGGAAUAAGCCUGUGCUGGAGUUGAAAAUCGAGCAGGAUCAGACCGUUUCAAAGGAUGUGGGACCUUUCACAGAGCAGGAGAUUUCCGUCUACAGGAAACUAUGCCAGGAGCUGGAGAAUUUGGUCGAUUCGACGAAAUCUUUUGAACCGGAAUCGAUUGCAACGGACUCUCGUCCAAAUCCCGUGGAGGAGAGGAUAGGUCAGGGUCGAUUGGAGAAAUUAGAGUUUGGCGGGGAGAAUCCGGCUGAGAAUGAUAUUGAUGAAAUUGGAAAUGAAAUAACGAGCUUGCGGGAAAAAUUAACGAAUUUUGUCGCCUCGAAUGAGGAUCGUGCUGUGUCUACCAAAGAAAUUGAAGAUAAGAUAAUUAGUAAGAAUGUGGAGAAGACGAGGGAGGAAUUUUCUCUGGCUCCUGUGAUUAAUAGAGCUGACGAGUCUAAUUUUGUCGAAGGUGUGAGCGAUAAGGCAGUUGGUUCGAGAGAGGGUUGUGAUUCGCAGGACGCAUUGGUGAGCGAAGGUGAGAAUUUGAGUUUUAGAGAAGCUAAAGCUAGAGAAGUUUUUAAUUUUUUGUGUAAUGCUGAUUUAUUGUUACUAACUGUAAAAUACGUUUGUUAUGUUACUAAUCUGAUAAAAGCUCAUUUCUUUUUACUGCUCGCCUUUUUCUGUGUGCUAUUAUUAGCGAUUACUACUACGAUGCCAUGAAGGAAAAAUUGUGCGAUGUGUCUACUAGAUGUUAUUUCACUGAUAGUGUUGUUGGCUUUCUGCGAAAUUCUAGUUACGAUUAUGAUAAUGAUAAUAUAUAUAUUUUUUGUUUUUGUUUUAUAAGAAUCCUUCCAAGUUGAUUAAUAAUACUAAUGUCCUAGGUGCGGACACUACUCUUACAUGACGAGAAGCGUUCUGAACGAGUAUAUUGUAAAACACUUUACACACCCUCGAGUGAUGAGUGACGUCAGGUUGAUUUUGUAAAAUUAGAAAUUAUGAUGGACUGUUGAAAAAACUGACUUGUUGUUAAUUUUAAUAAAGUUUACUGGUUAUAAGCGUUUUUGUCCAAGGUGA